GGUGACCUACGACUUGUCCCUCAAGAACUGGCCCCUCGAAGAUGAAUGUGAUUUUGUGUGUCCGUCUCCGGCUCCUGCAAUCUCUGAUCGCCCCCCCCCCGCAGGCAAGCAUGAAGAGAGACAGGACGAGCAUGGCUACAUCUCCCGGUGCUUCACUCGGAAAUACUCGUUGCCCCCCGGCGUGGACCCCACCCUGGUCUCCUCCUCCCUGUCCCCUGAGGGCACGCUCACGGUGGAGGCCCCCAUGCCCAAGCCAGCCACGCAGUCAGCCGAGAUCACCAUCCCUGUCACCUUCGAGGCCCGUGCCCAGAUCGGGGGCCCGGAAGCUGGAAAGUCCGAGCAGUCUGGAGCCAAGUAAAGACCUGCCCUGCUGCCCACCGCUGGCAGCCAUCGCUGGCCAUCCCCCUCUGCCUACCUGUGUGUUCUUUUGAUACGUUUCUCUUCGAUUUUUCUCAAAUAAAGUUCUGAAGCAACCACUUGU